UUCCGAAAAUGUCUGGCGAAUCUUGGCUUUUUAUUUUUGCUGUUGUUAUUAACAUCGUUAGCUUAUUCUUUCAGGUUUUUUUUGUUAUCAUGUAUAGUGACCUAGAAUGUGAUUAUAUUAAUCCUGUUGAAUUAUGUGUGAAAUUAAACUCCUAUAUGGUUCCAGAAUAUGCUAUUCAAGGUUUCUUAUCUGUUUUGCUUUUGAUUAAUGGUUGCUGGUUUAGUUUUUUGCUUAAUUUGCCUGUUUUAGCUUUUAAUAUUAACAAAUUUGUCAAGAAAACCUAUUUAUUAGAUGCCACUGAGAUUUUUAGAACUUUAUCAAAACAUAAAAGCGAAAGCUUUAUGAAAUUGGCCUUCUAUCUUUUUAUGUUCUUCUUUUAUCUUUAUAGAAUGAUUUCGGCUUUGAUUGCUGAAGAUGAGUAAAUUCAUUAUUUAAAACAUCUCUGUAUGUGUUGAAUCAAGUCUUCUAUAAGAGAAAUCCCAAAAAAAAUUUUAAAAAAAUGAAAAAGUAAAAAAAAUAUUAUCAAACAUCAGUAUUUAUAUAUGUAUUGUUCUUUUGCUGCUUUAUUUUGUUACAUUUGUUCCAUUUAGAUCAUUGUUUUUGUUGCACUUUUUUACAACAAUAUUCAUGUUUUAGUUUUGAGUCUUAAGGAGGUUUUUUAAUUUGUUUAAUUCUAUAAGCUUGCUGUUUUUUCUUCUUAUCAUGCUUUUCAUCCAAACA